AUGGCUCCAUCAAAGCAGAUUUCGGCGCCGUCGCUGCUUUUUGAGUUAGUAGAAGAGAUACUUCAAAGAACUCCGAUCAAAGCUUUGUUCCGAUUCAAAUCGGUAAGCAAACAAUGGUACGCUCUCUUCAACGACAAGAGAUUCUUCUACAAACACUUAGAUCACUCCAAAGAAGGAUUCAUGCUAAGCGUUCAUAAAUCGUUUAAGCUCUUCAAUGUGGAGCCGAAAGCUCUCUUAAGUCUACCAAAGCCAGACGAGUUACACAAUUGUAACAUGAUCCACUGCGACGGAUUAUUACUAUGUAGCUAUGCUAAGAUAUGUAAGGAUGGUCAUGAAACAAGAAAGCUCGCAGUUUGGAACCCGGUUUUGAGCCGAGUCAUAUGGAUCGAACCUUCGAGUACUUACAAAACCUCUGAUGUCUUCGGUUUUGGAUACGACAAUGUAUCCCGUGACAACUACAAGAUCUUGAGGAUCAAUUAUAAGAAGGCCAAAGCACCAGAGAUUGAGAUAUAUGAGUUUAAGUCUAAACUCUGGAGAAGUGUCAAUGCAACUCUCGAAUGCUGUCCACCGUACAAACAUGUGUCUUUGAAGGGAGACAUGUAUUGGACUUCUGAAAAGAAUAAGAUGGUUGACAAGAAAAACGAAAUGUUCAUCCAAAGUUUUGAUUUUUCCACGGAAACAUUCAAGCCCAUAUGUUGUGUUCCAAAUGGAAUUUGUGUGAGCUCUGAUAAUAGAGUCGUCUUGUCAGGUUUCGGAGGAGACAGGCUUGCUAUAUUACAACAACAUAAACGUGUGAAGUUUGAAGUGUGGGUUACAAGCAAGGUGGGUGAUGAUGAUGGGGUUGUCUCGUGGAGCAAGUACUAUAAUGCAUCUCUCCGGCAUGAUCCCUCAAAAGUAAGGUCCAGUUUUCUAACAGAUUUCAUCCUGAAGACCAAUAAGAUCAUGUUAUUGUACGAAGAAAUAGAUGUCAGGAAAAAAGAUAUCUACACCAAUGUCUACGAAAUGGGUGAUGACGGUGAGAUCAAAAAACAAGUUGAGAUGAUGACAAGACGAUAUAGAUCGGGUUAUCGUAGCUUUUGCAGUGUCUAUGUUCCAAGUCUAGUUCCUGUUCCAGAAUAA